CAACGUUUCAACGACACACGACAACAGUAUUUCGCAUUAUCGUCUCGAUUCAGCCGACCCAACCGUCGUCGAAAAUCAAGCGGAACGAAACGCUGAUCGACUCAUCGUCAUCCUGUCGCAUGUGUCGUCGUUCGAGGAAUCAUGUUUGCUCCGCAGGAGGUGACGGAGAAUCUGACGGCGCAGGUGAACGAAUUGCAGGCACUGCAGUCCGUUUAUCCGACCGAGCUAACUGUAGCGGACCAUGGGGUUUUGGCUGACAUCAACGAGUACAUCGAACACCCGGACGAUCGAAAUCCACCCCGAUGGCUGGAGUACGCCGUCGCGAUCCCGUUGAAUGGUGAGAGUAUCGAGUUGUUGGUAAACUUGCCGACUAAUUACCCGAAGGAGCAACCCGAAGUGUACGCGAGAAGUUCCUGCUUAGACAGAACGCAACAGUGUCUGCUGAACAAGGAGCUCUCAAUCGUCGUCAAGGCCCAAGAAGCGGGCGAACCUUGCAUCUACACACUGAUAUCAUGGUUGCAGGACAACGUAGAGACUUAUCUUGAGGCUUCGAAAGUGUGUGACCAAGCGAUUUCGCGGGGCGACGCGAAUAAAAGCGACACCGCGGGGAAUCGAACCACAGUGGUUUUCUCCAGAUAUUGGAUCUACAGUCAUCACAUAUACAGCAAGUUUAAACGACGGGACGUGGCUAAUCUGGCGAAGGAGAACUCUAUCACAGGAUUUUGCUUAGCUGGCAAACCGGGAAUAAUUUGCAUGGAGGGAACUCUGGAAGAUUGUGACUAUUGCUGGCAAAAAAUUCGAACUAUGAACUGGCACAGGAUAUUAAUAAAAUUAUUGGAGAAAGAGGAAGACUGCAACAAUGUGAAUGAUAUGCGUAAGUUCACGGACUUUCAGGAAGUCUCCUUUCCCACUACCGAGCGUCACAACGACAUGGGCCAACUUCUCAAAUAUCUUACUAACCACGAUUGCCAGCACGCGUUCAAGGAGCUCUUUGGAUUAGAAGGAAAAACCAGCAAACUUUCAGAUUGAUAUAAUUAUACAAAAAUUGAUUUAAUUUCACAAGCUUUUUACUCAAAUAUACAUAGAAGAAAUUAUUUUCCUACCUUUAUGGGGUUCAUUCUGAAGACCCCUCUUUCGACGCUUGCUUUCCUGAAGAAUUGUUUCAGUCGUAUCAUUCAUAUACUUAACAAUUUCGUUGUUAAUAUUAUUCAAAGUCUCACUAUUUAAUACAUCGUACACUAAAAUGUCAAAUAUGUUUCAUUGAAUAGAGGUAAUUUUGUAGUUUUUGUAUUUGAGUGAUAAAGCAAUUGAUAUUUUACCAUCACUGAGAUUUUUGAAGUAUUCUGUUGUACGAUCGAGUAUCGCGUACAAAUUUUCCGUCGAGUGAGAAAGGUAACGUCCACACUGUGUUACACAUAUUAAUGUGAAAAUCAGGAAGAGUUCUCGUAACAUAUUUACAUGAAGUAGGUUCAUGAGCUACUGAUCAUGACUGAUUCACGAUGCGAGUUUGAAUGUCCAAUAAUAUCGUGUUUACAAUUUUUUCUGCACAGUUUCUACCUUUCCAAAUUCCAGUCUGUAACAGUCAGGUGUACAUAAACGCCAAUAUAAACUGUGUACAUAUUAUACAAGGAGUCUCAAAAUUUCUCAUUUGCAGAUUCCUCGAUAUUAUAUUAAUUUAUUCCUAAUAAAUAGAUAAAAC